ACCACCCCUCCUCUCUCCCUCUCUCCACAUUCAGACUCCAUUACUUCCACCCAGCACACUGAGGGUUUUUCUCUCGUCCAUCCGGGGCCAUGUUUUGGUUUCACCGACUGUCCCUUGGACUCCUGCUGCUCCACCUGAGCGCCGCACAAGACGUCUUUUUGGACGGCGAGGCGGCCAGUCAAGUUCUCCACCGACAGAGACGAGCCAACAGCUUUCUAGAGGAACUAAAACAAGGAAACAUGGAGAGGGAGUGCAUGGAGGAGCGCUGUGUCUUUGAGGAGGCGCGAGAGAUCUUUGAAGACGAAGACAAAACUAAUAAAUUCUGGGCCAAAUACGUUGACGGCGACGCAUGCGAGUCGAUGCCCUGCGCUCAUCAGGGACUCUGCAAAGACGGCAUCGGCAGCUACAGCUGCUACUGCCAGUCUGGCUACGAGGGCUUCAACUGUGAAAUCGUUAUUCCGGAGCUCUGUGAGAAUAAAAACGGCGGCUGUAAACACUUCUGCAAAGUGGUGCAAGGAAACAUCCAGUGCUCCUGCACCAACGGGUAUUUCCUGGGAUCAGACGACAAAUCCUGCAACUCCCACGAGCCCUUCAAAUGCGGCGCCAUCAUCAGCGGAAACACCAGGACCGUUUUCAGGUACGUGCGUCAGAACACGACGGCCGUCAACGCCACAGAGUCGAACCAGACGGACCGCGGCGCCAACUCCACCGAGCCGUCGGAUACGUCCUCACUUCCUGUUGACGGGGACGACAGUUUUGUUCCAGAAAAUGAAAACGCGGUUUACGAGGAACAGGUUGUCCCUCAAAUGGCGGGUAAUACCCGCAUCGUCAACGGGGAGGACUGUCCUCCAGGAGAAUGUCCGUGGCAGGCUCUCCUCCUGAACGAGGACGAUCAAGGGUUCUGCGGAGGAACCAUCCUCAACGAAUACAUCAUCCUGACCGCCGCCCACUGCAUGAACCAAUCACGCUUCAUUUACGUCAAGCUUGGUGAGUUUGACGUGUUGGUGGAUCACGGCAACGAAGCCACCCACCAAGUGAAAACCAUCAUCACACACAACAAGUACCGGCCGGACACCUACCACAACGACAUCGCGCUCAUCAAAUUGGCCACGCCCAUCAAGUUCUCCAGGUUCAUCCUGCCGGCAUGCAUACCUGAGACGGAGUUUGCUGAAAAGGUGCUGAUGCGGCAGGAGGACGGCAUGGUCAGCGGUUUCGGCCGACUCGGCGAAGGUCGGAAGCCGUCCACCAUCUUGCAGCGGCUCACCAUGCCUUACGUGGAUCGGCACAGCUGCAUCGAGUCCACCCAGCUACGCAUCUCGACCCGCAUGUUCUGCGCCGGCUACGACACGAUAGCCAAAGACUCGUGCCAGGGUGACAGCGGCGGGCCGCACGUCACGCGCUACAGCAACACCUACUUCAUCACCGGCAUCGUGAGCUGGGGCGAAGGAUGCGCACGCAAAGGCAAAUACGGCGUCUACACACAGGUGUCCAAGUACAUCCGCUGGAUCAACGAUGCCAUCGACAAGAUGAUGCACACAGAGGAGAGCGGCGGCGGCAGAGUGAGGAGGCACCACGGCGCCAUCAAGAGGCUGGUUCUGUAACACCGCGCUGAACACAGUUCUUCAUCGGGCAGAGAUCGGCCACUCUCAUGUUAUCAUCGAUUUUGUUUUAACAGUCACAUUUAAACUUUUGACAAUAUUUACCCGUUUUAAAAAGACAUCUCCAAUACUCUUAAAGCUGCAUUAAUGAAUGUGUUUGGCCACUAGGAGGCAGCAGAUCAAGCUGCAAAACAACUCCAACUCAUUAUCAGUCCCCUACUUCCACAUUCAGCCGACACUGAUAGUGUCAAAAAUGGAGCGUGGGGUUCCUCAGGGUUCCAUCCUGGCUCCUCUAUAAUUUCUCUUUGAUGAAAGCUGCAUUCAUGAAUGUGUUUGGCCACUAGGGGGCAGCAGAACAAGCUGCAUUAAAACAUCCACGAUAUUAUCAACUUCUAAAGUAGCUGCAGCUGACGUGUUAGCAAACCGCCCCGACUUCCACAUCCAGCCGACACUGACGGUGUCAAAAAUGGAGUGUGGAGUUCCUCAGGGUUCCAUUCUGGCUCCUGUAUAUUUUCUUUUUGCUUGUAAAGUUACAGCAAACUAAAAAACAUGUUGGCAAACUUUUAUGUUCAGUAACAUAAUAAAAUGUGUCUGUGUAAUUUUGAUCUGUUGGAACAAAAAAUAUAUUUUUUUUAAAUAUUUGUGUAAGCAAAACAUUGUCUGAUUUCAUGUUUUUUUCAGUCACUGGCAUUAAUUAGCUUUUAAAGCUGAAAUUGAAUCAAAAUAAAGAAAUACAACAAA